CAUAUACAUAAAUAAAAAGAGAGUGGCAAAUAAGAGCAUAACGCUCUAUUUACGUUGAUUUAAUGGGACGUAAUAUUAACAAUAAACAAUCCGAUGAUAAACAAGUCUAUAAACAAUAACACGUAAAUAAUUUUUUCCACAAAAAUGCACAGUUCCACAAACCUCCUCCUAUAGUCACCAUGAUCUCAUGUUUUGGCAUACUAUUUGUUACGCCAUAUGUGCCUGACGGCAUAAAUAUCAUAUCCACCCUCGACUAAGGUAAAAUACUAUUCGCGAAUGACAGUAAUCUUUCAUGGACGGUAAGUGAACGAUGAUCGAGUCGGUGGCUGUUUAACGUUGAUGGCUACCUGAUUAAGUUCUUUAACACGUGCCACUUAAUGUUCCGAAGGGACGAAAACAUGGUCCAGUAGAAAGAGAAAUGGGUCGGAACGGAAGAAUGGUCGGCAAAGCCGCAAUAGGAGGAUACGUUAAUAGUUUUCGAAGAGGCUCCGUUGGAAUGGCGUAAGUGUUGUAUAUUUACACUGGCGUUACAGGCUCACACCUGGACGCAAGAAUAGCGCCGCUUCUUUUUCUCCGAAGUAUUUUCUCGCCAGUGCGUCAAGCGGCCCCCUAACAAAGGGGAUCGUUCAUUUUUCUUUCUCUUUUUCUUCGUUUCUUUCAAGUUUCAGACAUUUUUUUAUUAUUACUGCGACUCCUGACAAUUGUAAUCGUCAUACAAUUCCUCAGUUCUUGGGUUUUUUCUUUUUUAAGAUAAACCUUGAUGUCGCUUCGAUGAUAUUUCACUUCGCUUGAAACGUUCUUGUCUGUUUGAUAUUUUAGUUAAUUUCUUUAUUUAUCUAUGCAAGGAGACACGAGGAAUAAUAUUCAGAUGCGUAAACACGUGUUUUAAGUUAGAAAAACAAACGUUCGUACGCUUGAUGAUGGGGCACGAUGAAUUUUCGCAUUAAGAGAGAGGAGGACUUUGUGAGCGAAAUCGGAUCCGAGGAAGACAUCAAGAGGGUAGUUUACACCCGCUUUAACUCGACGAUCGUCGAUUUUCCUGGGUAUGAAGACCGGAACAACGUCGGUAUGCAUGCAGAUGGUGGUCGUAAGAGGGGGUGGUCUAAAAUAAUAAAGAAGCUGGCACGAAGAUGAGGACUGUUUGUGUUUCCACAGACGAUGGCCGAUUCUUAAAUGACGAGAUGCAACUGGAAAAACGUAUAUUCGAAAGACAAUACUUCGAAUAAACGCAUAGUUAUCGAUAGUUUCCUGUUGGCAAUCGUUUUUCGUUCUAGAAAGAAAGAGAAUAAUAAAUGUUGUUUUCUUUUGUUUCUUUCGGCGAAGAACGUAAGAUAUUUUUCACUUCUUAGCUCUGUUUCUUUAUCGUUUAAGAUCAAUAAUUUUCAUUACAAAAUUUUUAACCGGUAUAAUAGUUAAACGAACAGCACUGAUCAGCUAAAAGUGGUACGCUUUAUUAUAAAAGAAUAUUUAAAUAGCGUUACUGCUUUGCCUUGUAACACAUUAAUCUAUAAUUCUAUUUUAUUCCCUUUUACUUGAUCAACCUGAUAAAUAAAUCGUGUUACGUGCAUAAUAUGCAUAAUAUAGAUCUAAAGUGGACAUGCGACUCAAAAAACGCUCGAUUUGAUCUUGUUAUUCAGCUUAUUUGCUAUUAGUAAUAAUAUAUCUGCAGAAGUAUACGGUGCCAGGCUUAGUUUAAAAUGAAAUACAAAUACAAUCCUUCGUGGAAGGAAUUACAUUCCAGUUUGAAAUUCAGAUCAAGAGAAUGUCUUUUGGAAAACUCGUUGCAUGGUGUUCCAUAUUUUGUGGAUUCCACACGACCUAAAUGGGAAAGAUUAACAUGGUUUCUCUUGACAUUUGCAUCGCUAUUAGCGAUCAUAGCUAUAAUCAUAAUUAUCUUAGAUAAAUUUCAAACAGAGCCAACUAUAACCGGAUUAGAUAUAAUGACAGAAAAUGUUAAUAUUGAAUUUCCUCAAAUCUUUGUUUGCUUCGACUGGUUUCAUUUGAAUCAUUCGGAUAUACCUGAGGAUGAAAUAUAUAUAUACGAACAAUUGUACAAUUGGAUUUUUGGAAAACGUAUAGAUGUAAACUCGUUCCCUCUUACUUACAAAAACAAAAACAAUUUUGGUAAAACUUUUGAAGCAAUGGGACCUGAUUGUGAUCUUUUAAUUAGUGACUGCGUAUACAAGGGAAUAAAUAUAUCAUGUAGCGCGCUAUUUAUAAAAGUACAUACGGCUGUGGGUAUUUGCUGUAAAUCUAAAUAUUUAGAGCCACUUAAAAUUCUUGAUCAUUUAAGGAGUUUUGAAUUUAGGAUGUUCAGUUCAAGUUUUCCUUUGAGAGUAUACUAUACGCAACAAAAUGUUACGAGUCCAAGUCCAGGUGAAAGAGCCCUAGUAAAAGCACAUUUUCCUAUAGAUAUUGAAUUUAUUGUUCAUAUAACAUAUUCAACUCCCGAUAUUCAUAAGAUAUUUAAAUAUUGUAAGUGUUUACCAUGGUUUCUAUCGUUCGAUGGUAAAACAGAAUGCCCACUUUCAAAGUAUUCCUGUUUCGAUAACGUUGACAUCGAUAUAACUCGAUGUAGCUGUUGGCUAUCUUGCGACCAUGCGUCAUAUAGCGUAACGCAAAUACAAAGUUCUUCUAAAAAUACAAAUCAAAUUAUGUUGAGAAAAUGGCCAACAGCUCUCUACAAGAGAGAAGUACGAUUUGGUUAUUUAGAUUUACUUGUAUCGUUUGGUGGUAUUGCAGGUCUCUUUCUAGGAUAUUCUUUAUUUGUAUCUAUCGAAAUUGGAUAUUAUUUUACUCUUAGAACUUACUGUGGAGCUGUAAUUCAAUCAUCUCGGGAACAGUACAAUAUCAUAACUGUUCAUGUUGUGGAAAAAAUUCCACAGAAAAAAGAUACUAAUCAAAAAUAUUAUUUGUAUAUCGAUUAACUCCUUUUAAAAGGUUUGCAUUGUUUUGUUUAACGAUAUAAAUUAUAAUUUAUUAUCACAGACGCGGUACAAGUCAACGAUUUGACCCUUGUUGAAUACUGUUAACAUUCCCGCGCUGUUAAUCCUUUCAAAGUCGCAAGAUCCUUAUCACGAUUCCGUAUUUAUUCAAUGCUUUCGCGCAGACGCACUAUGAUCCGCAUCG